AUGAAGCCGUGGAACGGAAUGCACACGAGCCUCUACGACGCAACGAUAUCAGAGCGAACAGAAUUGCACGAUGGCAAAGAAGGUGGAGCAGCUCAACUAAAGGGCGGUGGACACAUACUCUCAUCCCGCAGCUCGAGCCAUAGGUAUACCGCAAACACGGCGAGGUUAACUUUUAUCUUUCACAGAUUCUUUCGCUUCUUGAAGCGCUUUGGCCACGAAGAAACCGGCGAAUGCUCUUGGUGCGGACGAGGUCUGGUGGAGGACGCCAACCACGUCUUAUUCGAAUGUGGACGCUUCCUAGAGAAGAGGCGUUAUCUGGAAGAAGCAGUGGACCGCUUCCUUAGAACGGACAACAUGGUCAACGUUAUGCUGGAAUCCGAGGCAGCUUGGAAACUUAUAAGCACCUUCGCGACCACAAUCAUGAUGGAGCUUCGCAGAAUCGAACGAAGACGAGCUGUCCCAAGCUAA